AUGUUAGUAAAGGGAAUUUUAUUGUUUCUCUUGACUUACUUUAUACUCACUAGUCUCGCUUACGAAAGCUAUGAUGGUUAUUAUUAUGAUAAUGAUAAUGGUGGAUCUCAUCAUUCUACUUCUCAUCCUACUCCCACUUACAAAACGAGCGAGAAACCGAGUGGGUCUAAUAACGCUCCAAGCUCUAACGUCAAGCAAUUAUCACCGCUUGCAAAUACGCCUACCCAACCAUUAACAAUUGGAGCUAAUUACGUAUCAUCUAGUACAUCCACCGCAUUAGUAAAACCGAUUCCCCUAUCUAGUGAUAUGGGAAAAUCAUCCAAGGAUAAACGUGAUAUUUAUUAUCGAUUAGCAAAAGAGCAAGGUUGGCGAGCUCGUAGCGCAUUUAAAUUAUUACAGAUAGACGAAGAAUUUAAUAUAUUCGAAGGCGUUCAACGUGCUGUUGAUUUAUGUGCUGCACCAGGCAGCUGGUCUCAAGUCUUGUCAAAGAAACUAAAGUAUGUUCAUACAUUUAAAAUCAUUGAACAAAAAUCCAAAUUAUUGGUAAUCAAUAAAUGUCCCCACUAUAGUGAAAUUCGUCCGGAGGAUGCUCCGUUACCAAAGAUUGUUGCCGUAGAUUUGCAAGCAAUGGCACCUCUUGAAGGUGUAAUUCAAAUCCAAGGUGACAUUACAAAAGUAUCUACUGCUGAACAAAUUGUUUCACGUUUUGAAGGGGAAUUGGCUGACCUUGUUGUUUGUGAUGGUGCUCCUGACGUGACUGGCCUACAUGAUAUGGAUGAAUACAUUCAAGCACAGUUAUUAUUGUCGGCUUUAAACAUCACAACUAAUAUAUUAAAACCUGGCGGAACUUUUGUUGCGAAAAUUUUUCGUGGUAAAGAUGUCACUUUAUUAUAUGCUCAACUUAAAAUCUUCUUUCCAACCGUUACUUGCAGCAAGCCAAGAAGUUCAAGAAACUCCAGUAUUGAAGCAUUUAUUGUUUGCCAAAAUUAUUCGCCACCCAAAGAUUAUAAACCAACAAUGAUAGAUCCUUUGCUUGAUUUAUCAUACGGUUUAGGAAAUGAACUUUUGGGUCCAAAUCGUGUUAUCGUGCCAUUUAUAGCUUGUGGAGAUUUAAGUGGAUUUGAUUCGGACAUGACUUACCCACUUGAGAAAGAAAGUCUGGACCCUUUGCAACCUCCAAUAAGUGCUCCAUAUCGGACUGCUAUCAAUUUAAAGCAAAAUAACUUUUUUAACAAAAUUUCAUAA